CUCGCGUGUCGCGGUACAGCAUCAUUCGCCAUCCUGUGACCACCGCUGGUUGAGCCUUCGCGCAACACCCAACUCUAUCACUUGUUCAGCUUAGAUUUUACUGAGACAUUAGAAUUACAAGUCCGCGUCUCAUAGGUGAUACCUUGUUACAUAGCGCGUGCUGCUGCUGUUUCUUCUGAAAUCUGCUCACAUAUAGCAGCUUGCUUGAAAUUUCUCUAGGUCACGGCGUCAGGGCUGCGAACAGUCGCGUCCGGUGGGCAUCGAUGGCCCACCGCUGAGCCCUCGCGCGGCCAGGAUGGCCCGGCGAGCCUACCUCGCUUUGGAGCUCUAUACUGAUAUUUAAGGCAGGCCGCGCCGCUGCGUUCUGGGGCCGGGCACGCCUCGGCUUCGGGCGUUGAACCUCCAAACGCUGUCAUUUGUUACUUAAUUGCUAAGUAAUUGUUGGACAGCAUUACAAUGGGAAAGACCUGGCGCGAGGCUUUCUCAUGUUUCUCUGGGCGACAAGCGCCCUCGCCAGAGCGACCUCGCUUGGGUGAUGGAAUAGCUCUGGGCGAAGCAACCAUGGUGGAGCCGGCAAACAGCCCGGAGCAGCGGAUGCAGCCGGGCGCGAGCCCAUCCGGUCGUCACCACGACGAUGGCAAGCGGACUCGCGUUGGCGUGAACCGCGAGGGCCUGACCACGCCGCCGGCGGCGAAGCCGCCGGUGCGCUGGGGCAGCGGCGCGAAACGUCGAGAGUCGGAUGAGGAGGGCGUAUCGGGAGGGUUGCUGCCCCCCGCGGCGCUGGGCUCCCCCGCUGGCGGUCGCGGCAGCGCACUGCUCGCGGCCGCGGCCGCAGGCCGCGUGGGCAGCACCUCCGUGCGAUUCGCAGACCCACCUCCCGUCUCGGCCCUCAAGCGCGACGGUAGCCAGCGCGAUGCCGCCCCCAGCGGCGGCGGCGGGGCGGAGCACUCGGACGCCGCGGGGCUACUGCCUGGGGCGGCGCCAGGCCCGCGCAUUUCCCGUGUGCGCCUGGUGGACGGCCACGACGCCGAUGACGGGGCGUCGGUGGCGGCGUCGGAGACGGCGAGUGUGGGCGGCGGCCAGGCCAGCCGGGCCAACAGCGGGACGUCGGUGGUGGGCGCCAACAGGCCGGACGCGGCGGAGUCCCGGGCGGUGACGCUGCUGGCGACCAAGCUGAUUGCGCGCGACAUAAACUACCGGCAGGAGUUUGAGGCCAUCAUGGAAACCUUUGGCGCCGUGUUUCCCAAGUCGUGCCUGGAGAACUUCUUUGAGACGCACGCCAUCGCGCUGCCCAACAACCGGCAGCUCAUGAUCCUCACGCUCUACCAGGCGGGAGAGGACGGUGACCGGAUUGAUGGCGUGAGUCUCCUGAAGGAUCUGGACCGCGCUGCUUUCAAGCGCUUCGCCAUCGCCAGCAGCAAGGGGGCGCCGGGGGCGGAUGCUGGCAGCAAGCGGGCCAGUGUCACCAGCGUUCAAAAGAGCGACAAGUCGCGCAUCUUGACACUGGUGUCAACUCAGCUCAAUCGGGACAAGUCGUUCAGCAUUAACGCCGGCGGUGACGAGCUGACAGAUGCGCAGCACAUCCAGGAGCUGAUUGAGCAAAUCGACCUCAACAACAUCCUCAUCCCCAUCGGCACGCGGGCCAAAUACGUACCAGCCACUGACGACCCGGAGUCGUUCCAAGUGCCGGUGUGGUCACUGCGUGCCAUGCACAAGCGCAAGCAGGAGCGCGAGCGCUUCCUCAUUGGCAACGACCCGGACUUUAAGAAGCUGGGGCAGACCGGCCGCGACGCGCUGCGCAAGCGGCUGGCGCGGCGGUCCAUGUUCCAGCAGCAGGAGAUCAUCGCCAACGCAGUGGUGGCGGCUGCCCGCGCCGCCGUGGAGCCGUCUGUACGGCGGGCGGAGAACUCCAUCCACUCCGCCGCGCCCUCCCGCAUGGGCUCCUUCCAGCAAAGCCGUUCCGGCUCCCUUAACCGCGGCACCUCCGUUGACGCCAUCGGCGGCGGCCCCAUGCGCCCGCGCUCCGCCGCGCCGCCCAGGGCUUCAGGCGUUUCGCCUGGCGGUGCCCUCCGGCCCGUGACGGCGCUGCCGCCGCGGGCGCCGGCGCCGUCGACGCCACCAGGCGCGGCGGCGGCGAUGGGGUCGCUUGGCGCCGGCGUGGGCGUCAGCCCGGGCGGCGGCCUGUCAGUGAAGCCGGUGACGGUGCCGGUGGGCUCCGGCGUGUCGCCGUCCCUUGCAGCCAAACGCCCGUCUGAACACGACGCUGUGCCGCUGCGGCCCGCGCCGCUGCUGCAUUCUGACAAGGCAAACGGCGGCGCUGAGCAUGACAACAAAAAGGACAGCAACUUGUACCAUUCUGGUGGCGGCGGUGGAGUCGGCCGCGCGCCGGCGACGCCGCCGCAUGUGGCACCGCGCUCGCCCGCCCACCCCGCAUCGCACGGCCAUGCCAGCGGCGCUGGAGGAGUUGGCGGCGGCGGCGGCGGCCAUGAGUUGGAUGCGGCGGAGGCUGCCAUUCGCCGCCUGGCAGCCAAGUCUUUCGGGCGAGCGGCCGCUGCCAGCGAUGCAGGGGGCGACCAGCGGCAUCCCAUGGUCAAGCCCUCAACGGCAGCCUCCUCGGGUGCAGGCGGUGGCCAAGGCCGCAGCCCUCGCCGCAGCACGGAUGACAACGGCGUCGUGGACAUCCAUGGAGCCUACAGCAACGGCAACAGUGACGCCGGCGCCGCGCCGGCGCCCUUCGCGCACGCCGCCGCCGCCGCCGCCGCCGCCGCCGCCGCCGUCGCGGUGGCGGACGCGCCUGCCGCCAGCGCGCCCUACAUGACCUCCUUCUCCGAACCUGACGCCGUCGGCCUCAUUGGCCGCGAGCAUGAGCACGACCCACAUGGUGGGGCGGCCGGCCGGCCGCACCGCGACCCUCCCUCGCCGCGGGUGUUGUCCACGGGUCCGGGGCGCAGCAUGUCGGCGGCGGCCCCGCGGCCAGGCACCAGCAGCACCGGCGCCGCUUCAGCACAUGGCGGGGUGUCAGUCGGCAGGUCGCCGCGCCCGUCAUCGGACGCGGCGCCGGUUGGCGUAAUAUCACCGCGGCCGCCCUCACAGGACGCCGCCGCCCGCUCCGCCUCCGGCAUCAAGAAGCACUGCUCUGCCGCAUCCCGCGCAAGCGCCGCCGGCAGUGGCAGCGGCGCGCUACGCGGCGCCUCGGCGGGCCUGUCUGACGAGGACGAAGACGACGGUGGCGAGUCGCUCCCGGGUCGGACGCUGCACAGCCCCGGCCCCGCGCCCGUGCUGGGCUCGCCGUCACGGCGCCAGAGCUCCAGCACCUCGCACCCGCACAGCCCCAUCCCGCUGACGGCGGCUGGGUCACACCGGGCCUUGGACUUGGGUGUUCCGCCGGCGGUGGCCGAAGAGCCGUCCGAAUGAGCGCAGCCCGCCAGCCCAGCUGGAGGACUGCGCCUUGAGCAUCUCACCCAAAUCUCUUGAAUUCUUUGGUGCGCAUGGUAGUACUGCAUAUUGAUCCACGGUCAAGCUCGACUCUGGUCGCUGGCCGCUAGGGAAUAGCCUCUGCAGCUCGGAGCCCAGUACAAGUAACAUGACGCUGGCUUGCCCUGCCGGCCGUAACUGUUGGCCGUGCGGGCUGUGCACGGGAUUGCGUUCAAGUUCGCCUUGAGACUUUAUGUGCUUGUCGAUUGAGGUGUGACCGGGGGCGAUGCUUAGCGAGCGCACGGGACGGGGUAUGGCGCUCGCGGCUGUGGGUAUGGCGUUGGAAUGGCAGCACGUGCUGCUGCCUGCUGCUCGGCAGAUGACUCAGGACAGGGUAGCAGGGGUGCCUGAGGUCACCCUCAGGACAUGUGCUAAAAGUGAUUUGUCUUCACGACGGUAGCGACGGUUGGACUAGGACAUGCAUGUUGCAGCGCUGCAAUUGAUGUGCUGCCAGAUCACAAUUUAGCUCGGGCAGGGCGACCGGCCCACCCGGCGUAGGGGCAUUGGCAUGGACUUGACAGUGUUCACGGCAGGGAGCUAUUUUACCUGGGCAGGCAUAUAACGAUGCAGCGCACUCAGUGCAUCAGGAUUGUGUAUUGGAAUCCUGCAUCGGCACCGAUGCACACAUGCAGAGACGGCUUGAGUGUUCGUUGGCAGGCGACAGGUCUGCGACUCUUGCGUGAGCACCCGCAAGUGAGACUUUUAAUACAUUGGCGGUCUGCGGUCCCUGUGGCAACACAUUCCGAUAGGUGGACAGAGUGGGGUGGCAGGGUCACAGCUGCUGAGACCAGUUGGGGGCUUGUCACGCCCAUCUGCCAGUUUGUGCCCAGCUCGUCACCUGUACGUCCAUUAGAUCAUGUAGGCGGGGCGGCUUCCGCUGCUCUGCUGCAUUGCUGGCGCUGGGCAAGUGGCUGCGCGGAGAGACCCCGGAUACGCAGCACUAACCAAAGAGUUUCGAGUCUUGCAUCGGACCAAAUGGACUGCCGUCGCAGUCUUAGGCGAAAGUGGACUGUAGCUCAACUACUUGACGUCUUGACGUCUUAUGGCUUGCAGGGGCACCAACGUACCGCAUGGCGAAUCCAUAAAGCUGUCCCCUCUGUAACAUCCGCAUUCAUAAAGCUGAGAAUAAUGCGGGCCGGACCGAUUGACGGCCGGCGGGUGAUUCAGGAUUUCAGAUACCAUAUGCGCGCAUACAGCCAGCAACGGAAUGGCUAACGCAGCAGGACACAGCACCCGUCACUCCAUUGGCUAUGCAUCACACCGCCAGGAACAGAGCGCAAUCGUACCACACGCCACAUUCACCCGAUUGGCCGAUGCAAGGCCCCUGCGCCACAGAGCAUUACGGCAUAGCGCGUGCUGCACAGGGCUAGCCGCACUGGCAAGGGCGCACAGGCGCCCAUUUGCCGCCCAGACGGUUAGCUGGGUUUGGUCGGGGUACAGGGUCCCAAGGGAUGUGCGAUGGGACAGAGUUAAGGCACGUUGGUGAAGUCCCGGAGGGUGCAGCUAAUUCCCCGACCCCAGCAGAUGGCAUACAAUUUGCAACGGCAGUGCAUGAGCGCGCGACUGGUCGAGCGCCGGGGCCCAAGGGAGGAACCUCCAUGACUGUCGCAAUCAUAGGAACGCCCACCCCUCGUGACCUCCGUGCCUGGGCUGCCAAGCGCCCACUUCGAUUGCGCAGUGCUGAAGGCAUGUGCGUAUCUACGGGACCCCAUUUCGUGUGUUCUUGCAUGCGACGCACCCGGGCGGAUGAACAAGAUGGUGAUGGUUGUAAGACGGUGGCGGGCGCUGCAGCUGCACAUUGGGUUUCAGGCCACCUGCUUCUACGUUGCAUCGCUUUGUGUGUGAUGGGACAGGGUUCAAGGCAGGUUGGCGAGGUCCCGUAGGGUGCAGCCGAUGCCCAGACCCGUAAGCAGACAGCAAACAGUUUGCAGUGGCAGAGCAGAAGUGCAUGGCUGGUCGAACGCCGGCGUUACUGUACCGACAAGUUGCUGGCUGGCUGGAGUUGCAUCGCUUGGUGGCCGUGCUCCUCGACUCAUGGCAACCAGGUUGCUGGCACCUCUCAACAACGUGGCGUUUCUACUGUGCGCUGUUCAUGCAAUGAAGAAU